AUGGCCUCAAAUGAAAACUACGAGCAUAGCCUUUCCUACUAUACUCCCUCAGAUAGUCGGAGAGAUAAAUUGUUUCUGGCAUGUGGACCAAUAGCUUUGUUACUGGUUUUCAUCUUCUUUGGGGCCUCAGGGCUCCUCCCUCCAACAAGCCCUCUUCAAGCACCGCAAGAUCUGGCAGAUUAUUACCAACAGAACAAGGAUCACAUUAACAUCGGCAUUUUUCUCCUCCUACUCGCAUCCUCUCUCUGGCCACUAUUUGCAGUCGGUAUCAGUAACCAACUUGCACGCAUACCAGGGAUUAACAUCACCAUCUUAAUCCUCCAAAUGGCUGGUGGUUGCUUACUUGGAUUUGCUCUGGCACUGAUUGGAACGUUCUUCGCGGCCGCGACGUAUCGCUCAGGCCGAGAUCCAGUUAUAACUCAGCUUGCGAGUGAUCUCGCAUGGCUUCUUUACAUGUGUAUCGGCUCGCCCAUGAUACUCCAGACAUUUGCAAUAUCAUGGGCUAUUUUCUUCGAUAAUCGAGCGAAACCUCUGAUUCCUCGCUGGGUUGGUUGGACCGUCUCUACGAUAUCAGUGUGGGCGAUCCCAACGGAAUAUGUUGCACAUUGUUUUCAUGAGGGACCACUGGCUUGGGAUGGCCUGUUAUCGUUUUGGAUACCUUGGUUGUGGGGUGCAGUAUCCUAUGGUCCUUUGUUUCUUUCUAUGUGGCAGGCUGCAGGGGUUAUCACUAAGAAGCAUGUUGCUUGA